AUGGCGACGAUACGUGGAGGCGUCGAUACGUGGAGGCGACGAUGGCGACGAUACGUGGAGGCGACGAUACGUGGAGGCGACGAUGGCGACGAUACGUGGAGGCGACGAUACGUGGAGGCGACGAUACGUGGGGGCGACGAUACGUGGGGGCGGCGAUACGAGGAGGCGGCGAUACGAGGAGGCGGCGAUACGAGGAGGCGGCGAUACGUGGAGGCGGCGAUACGUGGAGGCGGCGAUACGUGGAGGCGGCGAUACGUGGAGGCGGCGAUACGUGGAGGCGGCGAUACGUGGAGGCGGCGAUGGCGACGAUACGUGGAGGCGACGAUGGCGACGAUACGUGGAGGCGACGAUACGUGGGGGCGACGAUACGUGGGGGCGGCGAUACGUGGAGGCGGCGAAACGUGGAGACGGCGAUAUGUGGAGGCGGCGAUACGUGGAGGCGGCGAGGCGUGGAGGCGGCGAGGCGUGGAGGCGGCGAUACGUGGAGGCGGCGAGACGGGGAGGCGGCGACACGUGGAGGUGGCGAGACGGGGAGGCGGCGAUACGUGGAGGCGGCGAUACGUGGAGGCGGCGAUACGGGGAGGCGGCGAUACGGGGAAGCGACCACGCUGA